AUGAGCACACCUUUCCCUAUCAGAGCGAAAUCAAGCGAUCCUAACAGUGUGUGCACAGCUCGGAGAGACCAGGAGUUGACAUGCUCGCUGCUCUCGGAGUGUCAACAUCUCACUCUCAUCAGCUUCUCACUGGCAUCACUCAGAGGAAAGCAAACACAGCGCUUGCCUUUGUUUCAGCGUCUCAUGCUUUGUGAGUUUCUCAUCAUGGACACUAAGCCGGGUUACAGUCUUGGCUCGUCUGGCAAACUGAUGAAUCAAUACAUGAUUAAAGACCACAUGCUGUCACAUUACAGAAAGCUGUAUUCAGCCAAAGCUGUCGUGGACUGUUCGGUGCCUAAAAGCAUGUACAGCAAUGUCAAAUAUGUUGAUCAAAAGCGCCGUGAGCAGUUAAGGAAAGACACUCGAAGUCAGUCUGGAAGAUCCGCUUCCCAGAGGAGCUCUAGUAUAAACUCAAGAACUUCCCGUUCUUCUAAGAAUAACAGACCCUCUGUUCAGGGUGACGACAGUGCCUAUCAUUGCCUGGACCAAUCGCUGAUGUCUUCACCCAGGAUCAACACCUCAUUCCACUCCAAACAAAUCGCAUAUCCAUCCCCUGCGAACCAUUUCCCAUCCGCCUCAGAGCUGACGUACCAAAGCCCAAACGCUCACUGGCAUCCCGCGGGUCUGUCCUGUGCCACGUCCGCCAGUCAGAGAGGAUACAGAAGCUUUCAGGAUCCCACACAGAAGACCUACAGCGGAGACGUUCUGCUGAAACACACUCAACGCUUCACUCAGGAGGAACCCUUCACCCCGAGAACGCUCAAAUCAGACCAGAAGUCCACGCUCUUACAAUACCGCUAUUACACACCUCCACGGAGGAAAGCUGAGGAGGAGAAAUCCUCCUCUAAAAUCAUUCAACAGGAGACGUACCACAGGAGCACACGGUCCAAACGAGGCUUUUCUCCACAGCUCGAGUCCCAGGCAUUUACUCUUGAUCACGAGUGGUCGGAUGAAGAAACAGCUUCAUUUAGACAUCACGGCAAGACAAACAGGUUUAGAGAUAGUGAAUUUCUUCUCUCAACCUCCAGGAUUUCACCAGAAGGCAUGAGGUCUCCCAUAAUGAGAAAGGUUUCAGCAGAGGAGGAGGAAUUAAUGUACCUGGAGUUCAUUACAGACGUGACGAAUGAGAUCUUAACACAGGGCCUUUAUUCUGACAGGGUACUGAAGAGAGUAUUUGAACGUUACAUUGAUAUGAACAAACAUCGAUUAGAUGAGAACAAAAUGCGCCACCUUCUAGACAAUCUGCAGGAGGACCUGCAAAGUCCCCCUGCUGCCGCCAUCAGUCAGACGCUGCCAUCAGAUGAUCUGCUUCGUAAAGUGUUUAACGAGGACGUGAGUUCUGCUGUAGCGUCCACACCUGUGCGUCACAGUCGAGCCGGUCUGGAGGAAGUCGACGUGGAGUUCAGUCGUAACGAAGGCAGCGAGAUCUCCCUGAAUGAUCCCAGAAACACUGAAGACGAUAAUGAAGUGUCACAGCAGGUUGAUGAACUUGGGAAAAUCAUGGCGGAGUCUUUAAGUGUGUCAGAAACUCAACAGCAAAACAAAAUGCGCCACCUUCUAGACAAUCUGCAGGAGGACCUGCAAAGUCCCCCUGCUGCCGCCAUCAGUCAGACGCUGCCAUCAGAUGAUCUGCUUCGUAAAGUGUUUAACGAGGACGUGAGUUCUGCUGUAGUGUCCACACCUGUGCGUCACAGUCGAGCCGGUCUGGAGGAAGUCGACGUGGAGUUCAGUCGUAACGAAGGCAGCGAGAUCUCCCUGAAUGAUCCCAGAAACACUGAAGACGAUAAUGAAGUGUCACAGCAGGUUGAUGAACUUGGGAAAAUCAUGGCGGAGUCUUUAAGUGUGUCAGAAACUCAACAGCAAGUGUCUGAACAGGAGCAGACGAGAGGAGACAUCAGUGAUGAUGAGUUUUAACUCAGUGAAAUGUUUGCAAAAGCACAAUGCUUUUUCUAUUUAUGACACUAAUUAUUUGCAGUUUCUGCAGAAUUUCAGAUUUCUGUUUUGUUUACUGUUAUUUUAUUUGUAAAAAAAUUUUUUUUACAGAAAAGCCAUGUGUGUUUUCAAUGAAGUGAUGAUUAUGCAGUAUUUUCAGCAUGCUAUGUGCAGUAUUCAGUACUUUAAUUAACUUUUCUGCUCUUAAUUUGUGUGUUUAUUGGUUAUGUAGUCCGGUUAUGAUUCAAAA